AACUCGCGAGAUCCUUGCGCGAAGGUUCCGCCACGUUACUUUCUUUCCUUCUCCGCUGUUUUUGUUCCUUGCUCUGUUUGCCGGGCGGAAAGCAGAAGAGUUGUUCGGGUUUUUUAUAUUUGAUGGCCUCAGCCUGGCCUGCCUGAGUCCUGGUUACACAGGCGCCUCUUUUAGGCUUCCUGCUCUGUAGACACCCGAACGUGGAGUAAAUGUGCUCGGCUCUGUAAAAUGGAAUUAUCCGGAAAAAACAUACACCGGCGGACGGGUGACCAAGUGGUAUUUGCAACAUUUUACAGCAGAAAUUAAUUCUGAUUUUAUCUGCCUUGAGCCAGAACUUGGAAAAAAACCAGAUUCUAGGCUUCCCAUUGCUGCAUCAGAACGUCUUCCUGUCUUGCAUUCUUCAUUAAGUCCCAUGGAGUCGUUCUCAGUGAUCCCGAAAGAUCGGGUUUCCUCCAGAUGAUCCUUCUUCCGCUUUUAGGUCUCCCAGUGGCGGAUUUCACCUUGUGGCUGGUGGUCACUUUCCAACUGUAAAUCCGUGGAACGACUUGCCUCCAGAAGUUAUGAAUGCUCCAACACUGGAAAUUUUUAAGAAGAGGUUAGAUAACCAUUUGUCUGAAGUGGUGGUGUAGGGUUUCCUGCCUAAGCAGGGGGUUGGACUAGAAGACCUCCAAGGUCCCUUCCGACUCUGUUAUUCUACUCUGUUAUUCCUUGCGUUAUGGGCUUCUCCAGACAGUUGGAUCCCCACACGGUGUGUCGAAAGUACAAUAGUUUGAACAUGAUUAUUUGUUACCGCAAGAGAAAAUUCUGCAUUGAUUCUUCAAAAUAGGCUUCCGAAGCUCCCCACAGGCAUAGGUGUGUUGAUUCUGCUUGGGAGCAGCUCUUCACGAUUCCUCUGUUGUACAUCAAAAGAGGUCUGCAUAUAUCCGUAUAUAAAGGAGAGAGAAUCAGGAGGGGUUUUCACCUCCCAUCCUUGAAAAGUCAUGGAAACAGAACUACUAUUGGCUCCUAUAACAGCUCUGGAGAUGGUGGGAGAUCAUCUUAUAGCAGGAGAAGGACCCUAUGUAGGCAUAUAUAGUUUGUCGCCCGAUGCCAGCCCGUUAGCAAGAUGCUCCAGGCAGGUCCUUCAGAACUAUACUGUCCAUGGUAUUAAGGAGCAGCAGAGUUUGAGUCCUGGAGGUAACCAAUCCUCAACCCUGGCUAUCUUUGGAGGCAAAAGCUUUGUGGUUGUAGAGCUCAGCUUCCAGAGCAGCUCAGUGGAACUCAAUGAAGUCUUUCCUUUCUGUGAGCUGCACGACUGGAUCUGGGACCUGCAGUGGAUGGAAGGCAGGACUGAGAGGCCCAGCAGUGUGGCUGUGGCCUUGGGACACAAUUCAGUGGCACUAUAUGACUGCGUCGGCCAGAGGGUUCUCCAAGAAGUGCACUGCCAAGAGAAGUGUAUCCUGUAUUCUGCCCACUUGGUGGGGAGCCGCUGGGAGACGUUGGUUCUGGUGGCUGGCACCGUCUUUCAUCAGUUGGUGGUCUGGCGUGUGACUGACCAGACAGAUGACACUGGAAGAAUAAAGCCCCGCAGCAGGAUCAGUGGACACAGCGGCGUCAUCUUCAGCAUUUGCUUCUUGGAAAGCCAGGGCAUCCUGGCCUCUGCCUCCGACGACAGGAGUGUUCGGCUCUGGAGCAUCUGUGACCUCAGAACACCUCCUGCUGUGGUCCCGUGCUUGCUGGUGUGCUACGGGCACCAGUCCAGAGUCUGGUCAGUAAGACUGCUGAGGGACUACAUCAUCAGCAUUGGUGAGGAUUCAGCCUGUCUUGUGUGGACUUAUCAGGGCAAGAUUGUCCACAGCUUCAAAGGACACAAGGGCCAAGGACUCCGGGCGGUGGCUGUGGAUGAGGAGCGAGGCUGGGUGUUUACAGGGGGAGCCGAUUCGGGCAUUAGACAAUGGUGCCUCAAGGAAAGAAGCAGCACUGGAAACAGGCUCCGGCAACUGGAUUUUCCUUCCACUGGCAGAAAAGGAUCCCCCAGGGCAGUAAAACUGGUGGAUGAAAACCAUCUGCUGGUGAUGACCGAUGCCGGGGCUGUCUAUUCCUGUGACUUGACUCCUAAAACUUGGGCACUGCUCCUGGAGGAUGCUGCUUAUCAGUCUUACAGUCUCUUGGAAGUGUCCAAGCUUGCCAGUGGAGGCAUUCUCUGUGCCAUGGGCAACUUGUCAGGGCAGGUGAAAGUUUUCCCGUUCAGCAGUCCCGCACAAAGCAAGGAGUUAAACCUCUUUGAAGGGAAAGUGCACACUUUGACUUGGGCCACGGAGCUAAACCGGGACCCCAAUACUUGCAACCUCUUUGCUUCUGGCCCGGCUGGGGCUUUGCUGCGGCUGGAGAUCUCUUGGCGCCCACUUGGGGGAACAACAGUGGUGGUAAAGCAAUGUUUUCUCCUGCCGGUCUGUAAGCAGCGAUGGCACACCUGCAUUGCUUUUUUGCCCCGAGGAGAGUUUCUGCUUUGUGGCGACCGCAGAGGCUCUCUUAUGAUGUUUGCCUGCAAGCCAACUCCGGGAGUGGAAGAAGCACAAGGGAGAGAUGAACCCAGCUGUUCUACUUCAGAAACCGCCUGUGCCUUGCCUGGAUUUUCCUUCCCUAUUGGAAGUGGAGAGCCCCAUGCCGAGAGGCCUGUUUCUCUGCUUUUCGGGCUUCAUGGGAAACAGGGGGUGACCUCCGUAACCUGCCACGGCGGCUUUAUUUACAGCACGGGGAGAGACAGCUGCUAUCGCCAGCUGCAAGUGAAGGAUCGGCAGCUCCAAGUGCUGAGGAAGCAAAAGCCGUGCAAAGACCUAGAAUGGCUGGAAGAGCUACGCUUUGGCCCCAAUGGGAGCCUGAGGGUGCUCGGCUUCCAUGCUACCCACUUUGUAAUUUGGAGCGCCAGCAGCAAUGAGAAGCUCCUCUGCAUUCCCUGCGGGGGUGGCCACCGCUCCUGGAGCUACGCCCGCUGCCUUUCCGUGGAGACCUUUGCGUAUAUCAAAUCUGGGGAAAUUUGGUUGUACCAAAGUAAAGACGCCUCCAGUGGGCAGCGAAUCCUGAAAGCUGCUCUGCACGGCAAGGGGAUGACAUGUGUGUGUCACGUCGGUACCCUGGAAGCCCCUGGGCGAGAGACGAUCAGUGUUUUUGCUACAGGAAGUGAGGACAAUACGGUGAACGUUCUCGCUUUUAAUGUGCAAACUCGCAGAGUGACCCAGCUCGCUGCUCUUGGCGACCACAUCUCCAGUAUAAGAGCUCUGACUGUGGUCCAGAACGGCCUUAGUCAGCCUGAGAGGGAAAGGAUCUCCGCCAUGCUUUUUUCUGCAGGGGGACGAGCCCAGAUCGAGUGUUACCGAUUAGCGCUCAGCCCUAAGCCUGGUUCCAGCAGCGGGGUAGCCUGUCAGCUGGUUCAUGUGGCAUCGCAUCGUUUAGAUGAGCAGUGGGACUACAAGAAGAAUAAGCACAAACUCAUCAAGAUGGAUCCAGAAACCAGGUACAUGUCUGUGGUGGUACUUGCUAGGAUGGAAGAGAUGGAAUUGCCCGGUCCCUUGUGCUUCCUAGCUGCUGCUUGUAGUGAUGGAUCUGUCCGACUGUUCCUGCUGCUUGAGAAUGCCAAGAAGUUGUGUCUUGUAGCAGAAUCCUUUCACCAUCAGCACUGUGUCCUGAAGGUCGAGGCAUUUGCCUACAAGAUGGCUAGUGGGAGAAGGAGACACUUUAUGGGCAGUGCGGCCACUGAUGGUAGCAUUGCAUUUUGGGACAUUACUGCUGCCCUCGGCCAUUUUGCAGCAAUAGUAAAGACAGGAGACAUUCAGAUGAAACCUCUAGCCCUGGAAUCUCCAGUCCUGACCGUUCAGGCUCACAGCUGCGGUGUGAACAGCCUCCACAUCCAGAAAACAGCCGAGAGACGUUUUGUGGUGGUCAGUGGCGGUGACAACGGGUCCAUCUCUGUCCAUGUUAUUGAGGUGAAGGCUGAAAGCGCUGCUGUGGGCCAGGAGACCCCAGCCAGGGCUGGCAUCCAAGUGAUCAGAAAAGUAUCGAGGCUUUGCGCUCACGCGGCUCACGUGACAGGAGUGAGGCUCCUCCAUCUGAACUUCCUCCUUUCUGCGUCAGUGGACCAACGCUUGACCCUCUGGAGUCUCUGUGAGGACAGCUUGUCUUUCGUAUGGAGCAAAUUCUGCCACGUGGCCGAUGUGGCUGCUCUGGAGUGUUGGGAAACGGAAGGACACAGCUGUCGCGGUGUGAUAUGUGGUCAGGGGUUGCAAGUGCUUUCCUGGGGGCUGGAUGCGCGAGGGGGAGAAAUAAAAGAGGUGAUCUGAAACGUCUUUAUUCCACUGAAAUUCGGAAGAUGAAGGAGGACAACAGCAGGUAUCAAAAGGAAUUCUGCUCAUAGCAUCAUUUGUAGCAAGGUGAAAGGCGUUGUUAUCCUAAUUUCACAAACCAUCUUGGAGGGUUUGAAUCUCAGGUCCCACUUCACAGGGUUGUUGUGGGGAAAAUAGGAAGAAGGUGUGUUGG